AGCGAUCUGACUCUUUCUUACUUCCAGGUGGAGAUGGGAAUGAAGAACCAUGAGCUGGUGCCAGGACCACUUGUGGCACAGAUUGCCAAUGUGCGUACUGGGGGUGUCCACAAGAUGCUGCAGGAGCUGAGCAAACACAAGCUCUGCUCCUAUGAACGGGGCAAACAUUAUGAUGGCUACAGGCUAACUAACAUGGGCUAUGACUAUCUAGCUCUUAAAGUCCUGUCAUCCCGGGAAGUGAUUGGCUCUGUAGGGAGUCAAAUUGGCGUAGGAAAAGAAUCUGAUAUAUAUGUGGUGACUGACACUCUUGGGAACCCUCUCUGCAUGAAACUUCAUAGACUGGGACGAACUUCAUUUCGUAAACUGAAGGAGAAACGAGACUACCACAAAAAUAGGCACAGGAUGUCAUGGCUGUACCUUUCAAGACUGUCAGCCACCAAGGAAUUUGCUUACAUGAAGGCGCUACAUGAGAGAGGAUUCCCUGUGCCUCGACCUGUGGAUUGGUGCAGACACUGUAUCAUUAUGGAACUAGUUAAUGGUUAUCCCUUGUCCAACAUUCGUGAAGUGAAGGAUGUACCUCAGCUCUACAGUGACCUCAUGGACCUGAUUGUGAGGUUUGCAAAUAAUGGCGUCAUUCACGGAGACUUCAAUGAAUUUAAUCUGAUGUUGGAUGACCAAGAUAAGCCAGUUGUCAUAGAUUUUCCUCAGAUGGUAUCAACAUCCCAUGAAAAUGCAAAGAUAUAUUUUGACCGAGAUGUGCGAUGUGUACAGGACUUCUUUAGGAGGAGAUUCAAUUAUGAAAGCGAGCUGUGUCCAAACUUUGAGCAGGAUGUGAAAAAGGAGUACAGCCUGGAUAGAGAAAUUGCUGCCAGUGGGUAUCAGAGAGAGGUCCAAGAAUUUGAUGAAGAAUUUGAAGUUGGAAAAACAAUACAUGAGACUGAAGACAGUGAUGAUCAUGAGGAAGAAGACAACGAGAGUGACUUUUCUGGAGAUGAACCAGAACACAAUGAUAAGGAUGUCAGGGAAAUGAAGGAGCAGACUGAAGAGUUGUGCAAAGAUUUAAAAGACGAGACCACACUUGGGGAGCUGAAAGACAUGGCUGAAGGGCAACCUCUGGAUUUUGUACAAGAGAAUCCACAGGCAAACAGUAGUGAAGAAGAUUCUGAAGAAAAAGAAAAAGACAUAGAGGAAAACCAUUCACGAAAAAAGGGCAAACAAUUGCAACAGGAGGCUCGAAUGGCCCUCAUCAAGCAGCUUGUUAAGGCCAGAGAGGCAAGGCAACAAGCAGAGGAGAAGGGGGAGAAGCCACCAUCUCUUGAGGACUUUAUUGAUGACUCUCUAAGUGAUGUGUGUAGUGUUAGGAGCUUCUCCACUACAGCAAGCUCCAUAGACCCUCGAGAGAUCAAGCACCGCACCCACAAGGACUUGGACAGGAGGCAAAAGAAGCAGAUACCAAAAAAGAAUCUGAGAGUGAAGGGAGAGGCUAAUGCAUUCAGGCGAAUGAAAAAACUGAAUGAAAAUAUGGCACGUGAAACUGCAGGGUGGGAAGAGUGGUAGAAGUGUUACUGGAGAACUUCAUCACAUUAUCUGACCUUGUGUGAUAAAUGAAGAACUCUCAUUAUUUAUUGAAGUAUUGCUUGUGUCCAUUCAAUAUAGUGGCUCAAAGAAUUCCAAAUGUUUCAAGUGCCUGUAAAGUUUCACAUGGAAAUAUCUUCUUUCACAUAAAUGGAAUGGUGGCAAGAGGUUUUGUAUACUUUAAAAGUGAAAAGUGAAAUGUUUUAGAUUUUUCAAUUUUUAUAAAUAAUAGCAUUUGUUAAAGUCAAGGUGAUUCACUGCUCAGUGGCUAGUGAAGAGCAGAGUGUUGAAUGCUUAUUAUUUUGUAUUACAUCAGUUAUACCGAA